AUGACAGCGCGCGUAACUCAAACUCUUAUUCGUUGAUUGGAUGCGGCGAGUACAGUACUUCGAAGGCCACGUUAUCAACGGUCUACUAAUCGGUACACGUGGUCAUGGUGCUCACGUCCAUAGCUCUCCAACCGAGUGACAUCGACAUCACCAGGGGUUCUGGUUUUCUUUUUGUUUUGCUAUGAGCUUUCAAGAGUCACUUGUUCCAUCACAAGAGUUUCCAUUUCAUCUGUGAACCUUUGUGGUCUCUUACCGCUUGUGAUUCCAGUGUCACACGGUUUUCAAACAGCGUGCUGCGUGAGAGUCGUAGGCGUACUUCUAUGCUGACGUGCAACUCCUUCGCUUGACAGCCGGUGAGUGAAAGACUAUACAGGGCCCUGCUGCCAUGAAGUUGAACCACACAUCUGCCGUAGUCAUAUCGCUGCUUGUAUCAGCAGUGCUUUGCGACGAUUACUAUAAACUGCUUGGUAUCGAACGCGACGCGGACACGCGUGAAAUUCGCCGCGCGUUCAAGAAGCUCGCGCUUCGCCUACAUCCCGAUAAAAAUCAGGGGGAUUCCGACGCUCACGAUACAUUUGUGAAGCUCAACAAAGCUUACGAAGUCUUGAAAGAUCCGGACACGCGGAAACGUUACGACACUUACGGAGAAGAAGGGCUCGGAGACAACAAUCGUUGGAACGGCAAGUUCCACAGUUGGAACUAUUAUUACGAAAAGUUCGGUAUUUACGACGAUGAUCCAGAAAUAGUGACGCUCAGCAGAAAUGAUUUUCAGAGCGCCGUCCUGGAAUCCUCGGACAUCUGGUUCAUAAACUUCUACUCCCCCCAGUGCAGUCAUUGUCACCAUUUGGCGCCGAACUGGCGCAAAUUAGCUCAGUCGUUUGAAGGCAUAAUUCGCGUGGGUGCCGUCAACUGCGAAGAAGAUUGGCAGAUGUGUAGGCAAGAAGGGAUAUACUCGUUCCCGUCACUACUUAUUUAUCCCCUCAAGCAAAAAUACGUUGGUACGAGGGAACUGGACGACCUGCAAAAAUUUGUUUUGGGACAUCUUCCCGACUUCACACUUCACGUGGAAGACACUGAACUGCUUGGCUCCCCCGAAACUAAUCGCGCAAAGCCCACUGUCCUAUUCGUGUGUCCAGGUGCGGAGCACUGUGUCAGUUCGGACGAGGUAAAAAAAUUAGCAGUGGCACUGGAUGGGCUUGCGCAAGUGUCGUCUGUGAACUGUGAAGAAAACCCAGGAGUGUGCAGAACAUUAGCAGUCGAAGACGGUACAUAUUUCUUCGGCACAAGUGACACGAAGAAAAAAAUCGAAGGAAGUGACGCUGCAGAGCUUCGCAGGGCUGUCCUAAAGGAGCUGCCAGACCUUGAAAUAAUUACGCGAGACGUUUUUAGCAACAUCAUGAAAUCACUUUCUAGUGAAGGCGAGGAAGCUGAACCCUGGUUUCUGUAUUUCAACAGAGCAAAGUUGGACACGUUGCAAGAAAACGAGCUGAAGCACAUUAAGGGUUACGUCCAGUCCGUACAUUUGGGCUAUGUCGACUGCGACGACCAGGAAGAAAUCUGCUCUCAACUUUCGGUAUCGAAAGUUCCUUCUUAUUUAGUGUUGCGGUCCGGUGGCAGCUACGAAGUCUAUCACGGCAGGGUCAGUGCUAGAGACUUGGCCUCCUUCCUGAAGGAAAGCAUGGGAAGUAGACUGGAAACACUAACUUCGUCUACUUUUAAAACUGUUUUGGAAAGUCCCUCGCCAUGGCUGGUUGACUUCUUCGCCCCCUGGUGCCCACCGUGUAUGCGUGCCCUGCCUGAACUUCGUAAAACGUCCAGAUGGCUACAUAACGUACGCUUCGCAACUGUAGACUGUGCUGCCCACGCUUCCGUGUGCCAGGCUCAGCAAAUUAGUUCGUAUCCUAGCAUGGUGUUGUUCAACAACAGCGCAAGGAAUGUACUGACAGGCUUCAAGACAGCCUCAGAAAUAAGAGAGUUCGUAGAAGUUUCGCUCGACCCCAAAGUGGUGAAGCUCACUCCCGAGGCAUUCAGCAAACUGGUCGAGGAAAAAGGCGAAGAGGAAGUAUGGGCGAUUGACUUCUACGCGCCCUGGUGUGGGCCCUGCAUGAGGCUGGAGCCCGAAUGGAACAGACUUGGAAAGUUGGUCGCAGACGAGCCAAACAUUCGUGUGGGAAAAGUGGAUUGCGAAAGUGACGCGUGGCUGUGCUCCAAGCACGGCGUACGCUCCUACCCGAACCUACGUGUCUACGGACGCGGGCACUUUGAUUCACGGAGGUACUUCACGUUCAACGGCUGGUCCCGCGAUUCCGCGUCGUUGCGGGCCUGGGUGCUUCAGUUUCUGCCCAGUAGUGUUGAAGAACUGGAUCAUGACGCAUACUUCAGGACUGUGCUCGUGGACAGAACUCCCUGGGUGGUCGAUUUUUACGCCCCCUGGUGUGGUCACUGCGUGCAGUUCCGACCGCACUUUGAGGCCGUUGCCAAGAAACUCGAAGGCAGAGUGAAGUUUGGAGCUUUGAACUGCGAGGAACAUCAUCAAGUUUGUGAUGCAGUGGAGAUACGUAGGUACCCGACAAUUGUAUUUUACCCUGGGACGACGUCAAAGAGUCAGCACCCUCUUGGGGAACUAGUGCACGGUCAAGGAGAGGCAGAGGUUUUGAGUUCGGUGAAUGAACUGCUAAGGCAAUACUCAAAGUCAAGGAGGAUCGAAGAUGAGCUGUGAUGCAGUUAAUGCUAGCGUGAAACCAAAGUCUGUGUGUUUUCUUCACUUGCUUUUUAGUAGUGGUGUAACUAUUGGCAGAACAAAUGCAAAGGGGCAAAAAACUGGGUAAAGGAAACUUCCGCGAAGUUGAGUCAGCUGAAGCAAAAUAAGUAUUAGUGAGUGUGUUAAUUUUUUGGAAAAGUUUGUAUGUUGUUACAUGAGCACUGCAUGUUCCAUUUUUUGCUUUUGCAAAACUUUUUAGAGGCUGCGUUUUGUGUUUGUGCAUUUUUACAAUUGGCUUGUGUACUUUUAGAUAUUGCACACACUGGAAUAUACGGGUGCCACUUGAUGGAGAUCUCACAAGUUGAAAUAGGAAAAGAAGCACAAGUAAGGGGGGAAUGUGCAAUUCGAGUUUCUUGUCGAAGCACAUAACUUCCAUUCUUCCGAAAUACCCUUCAUGAAAGUUCAGUUAGGUUCUUGCAUGAAAGCAUGCAAGAUAACAAAACAAAAUACAAUAUCCAAAAGUGGAAGGACAGCAAUAGCAGUCAUAAGAGGUUCUUUGACAGCACUGAGAAAGAUCAGAUCACUUCUAAGAUUUGACAUUUCCAACUUCCUUUUUCCUUUUGUGCUCUAGGUAUUCAAAAACGGUUUUAGAAACCCAGACUACAAUAUGGCCUUUCUUAACAAGUUACAGCAUUGUGACAGAAGAGCAGGUGGGGCAACCUUGAUGAUGAAAGGGCAACAUCAUUACCUUACUGGGCAACAGCGUUGCACACAGAUGUUCUGCAGGGAUCAAAUACUUGGAUUCAUGCUAUCCCUUCUUACCCUGAACAACGAGAAUUAUGGGAAUGUCUCUCUCAAAAAAAUCUGUUACCGCUGAUACAGGUGUCACUAUAACAUCCUUAUUUUCUUUGGGAUCAAAAUUGAAUUGCGUCUUAUACAGGCUAUACUACAGGAAUACUGACCACAUACAUAGACACUAAUAAGGUGAAGCAUGUUUGAUUGAUGCUGCCAAAAACAUUUGUGCUUGAGAAGGACUAAAGCAAUGAAGGGACUUUCACAUGAGAAGACCAGGCGAGAAGAAGUGCUUUUUAAAAUCAAAACCACCUGAUCUUCUGGAAUUAUAACCACCACAAAGACCCUGUUCAUGAAAUGCUCAGACAAGUGGACCCUAGCCUAAGACACAUAGACGAUUACAUUCCGAUAUCUGUAACACGGGCAACAUCACCUUCUUUAACAAGGAAUGAUAGCUGUAGGAAGCCUGUGUUUGAAUUCGUCUGGGGCGAUUGUCUAAACGACAUCCUGACUUUAAUAUAUGUUCAUGUGGUGAAGGAGUGAGCAGAAGCAUUGUCAGUUGUAUUGGCUUUGUAAAAAUCUCCCCACAGUUAUCUUCAUAAGGCCACAAAAGGGGAUAUACCGUGUCUACGUCCACUGUGUAUGAAAUGUCGCACAAAAGCCAAUUGUAGAAAAAUCCAUUCUUGCACCUCUGUACAACACGGGUCCUGAGUAGAACAUUAAACUACCCACUCACUAUAUACGAGAGACUGACACAGUUUUUAUUCUAUAACAUUAGCAGGCCUUUAGGAAUGCACAUACGUACCAAAGUUUAAGCACACAAAUAUUAUCCUUUUUUUUUAAUUUACCUGUGUGGAAUGCUUUAGUUUGAGCAACCUCUGGACACAUAUUCUUGUAUUGCCGCUUGAAAUGUGACGUUCUCUUCGACAAACGAAAAUAUUUCAGUGUGUACAAAUGCAAGAAGGAACGUGAUAUUAUGCCAGUGAAAUAUAAAGUAUAGCUGAAGCCCAGUAAUUAAUUUACAGAAAAUUACUAUUGCAGUAGUUUCAGAAUAUCCAAAAUAUUUUAGACUUUUUAGCAUUUUGAAGAAUAAGCAGGUGUUAUGCAUUAUGCUUAAGAACGUACAAAUAAGAUUUCUGAGGAGAACCUCAAAUUCUAUGCAUAUCCUGGUGGCCGUGGUGAAGUAAGUAGUAAUGCUGAUCAUUAAUCAAUUAAAAACUAAAUUGGUUCUUGUUCCGUACACUCUGAACACAGAAGAUGACAAUACCUAUAUUAUUGCCACUGAUUUGUUACAUAUAGGUCACUAUAUGCUUAUUGAAACUACUGUGUGAAUGCCUUUGCAGUGAACAGAAUAUUCUGGUAUUGACAAUGUACGUUCAAAUAGUUUAUUGUACACUUAAACAAACUAGUCUUCUACCUCCAUCAAGAGAUGGACCCUACUAUGCAUUUACAUAAUUCAUGCAUUUGUUUUGAACCUACACAUGCACACCGUGUCGUCUCGUUUGUACACGUAUGUCAGAGGGGUUGAACCCCUUUUUGUGGUGUCACACAAUAUUUUCUGGGCUGCCCAUCUCCAAACUAUUAAAUGCGAUACGUAACCUGGUAAUACUUUUUCUUUCGUUGUAUGUAUCCGUGCAGUAUUUGGUACUAUCUCAGUAGAAAUGACCUAAUGAUUGUUAAAAACAGCACAAAGCUGAAGCUGUGCAUGUUGUAGCAUAAACAGACACAUUUUUUUUCCACUCAUGCUAUCACUUUGUUAAAUUAACCAAACGACUUGCCACAUUCCCUUAGCAUGCCAUAUCAUUCUACAUAUUUUCUAGGUUUCUAAAGCUUUGGUUUAACAUAUGUGGGAAGCAUGCCACAAGAUACUGGGUUUUGUGACAUACUGAUCUUCUCUACUUCAUUCUGGCAUGCUGAAUAAGCAAAUAAGAAGCUAAUUGCAAUUGGCAUCUCUUAUGCAUUUUAGAGCAGGACCUCAUUUACUAUUCUUUUGUUCAAAAAGUGUUCAAAAAAGUACUUCAAAACUUGAAAUACUAGCAAGUGAAGCAAGAAUAUAUAUAUGUACCAUUAUGUUGUCACUGUUAUGUGCUGCACUACCAUUGCUGUUAUUUCUACAAAAAUACUGUUUCUCUCAAUUGCAAUAAAGGAUAGCUGGACGUUC